GAACUAUAAUAUAAAAUGAUUUCAUUGGAAGAUUUAUCACCAGAGUUAUGGAAGAAACCGGAUAAAGAAGGAGAUUUGAGAAAACAAGGACACGUAGUUAGAAAUUGGAAAAAAAGAAAAUUUAUUAUCCAAAAUGAUAUGUUAUUUUAUUUUAAAGAAAAAGAAGAAAGACCAGUUGGUGCAGUACCAUUAAGAAUGAGCAGAGUUUAUGAAAACAAAUCAUUAGGUAAACAAUACUGUUUUGAAUUGGUAUCACCAAGAAUUAACAAAACUUUUUUCAUUCAAGCAAAUUCACAAGAUGAAAUGUUAUCAUGGAUGAAAGCAGUUGAAAAAGGUUCAGAAUACAGCACAGUUAGUCAACCAUUUAAUCUUAAGCACGAAGUACAUGUCGAUUUCAAUAGUGCAACUGGUUUCUCUGGUUUACCAAAAGAAUGGGAAGUCAUUUUAAAAUCAUCAAACGUUUCAAAACAAGAAGUUUUAGAUAAACCAAGUGAAUGGCUCAGUGUUUUAGAAUUUCAAGCUGGUAGAACUAUGGAUAAAACAAAAUCUCAACAAAUGUCACAAUUACCAGAUGAAAGCAAUUAUACAUUAAGUGAGCUUGUAUCAAAAGAAGAUCCAACUAAAAUUUAUAAAAAUAUGACUAAAAUUGGUGAAGGUGCAGCAGGUGAAGUAUUUGUUGCUACAUCAUCAAAGAAUAAUAAAAGAGUUGCUAUUAAGAAGAUUGAAAUUAAUAAUGACAAUGCCAAAUUAUUAGUUACAGAAAUUGCAAUUAUGAAGACCAGCCAUCAUGAAAAUAUUGUAAAUUAUAUUGAUAGUUAUAUUGUAGGUGAUAAAGAAUUAUGGGUAGCUAUGGAAUUUAUGGGUGGUGGUUGUCUCACCGAUAUUUUAGAAGCUUUCGAUACAGUCAAAAUGAACGAACCACAAAUUGCUUACGUCGUUAGAGAAACCUUAAAAGCUCUCCAAUACAUUCACAGUCUUCAUAGAAUUCACAGAGAUAUCAAGAGUGACAACAUUCUUUUAGGUAGUGAAGGUUCAGUUAAAAUUGCAGAUUUUGGUUAUGCUGCUCAAUUAACUCAAAAACAACAAAAAAGAAAUACUGUCGUUGGUACUCCAUAUUGGAUGGCUCCAGAGUUAAUUAGAGGUCACGAUUAUGGUGUUAAAGUCGAUAUUUGGUCAUUGGGUAUUAUGAUGAUGGAAAUGGCAGAAGGUGAACCACCAUACAUGGAUUUCCCACCACUUCGUGCUCUUUUCCUUAUCACCACCAAAGGUAUUCCACCACUUAAAGAGGGUUCCAAAUGGAGUAAAACUUUCCAAGAUUUUUUUAGUAAGUGUUUAGAUAUCAAUGUUCAAAAUCGUCCAGAUGCCACCGAUCUUUUAAAACAUCCAUUCAUUGAAAUGGCAUGUGAUCCAUUAGAAUUUAAACCAUUAAUUCAAUUAGCAAGAGAUUCUUCAUAAAAAUAGUAGUUAUUUAGUAGUAUAAUAUUAAUAUUUAAAAAAAAACAAAAGACAAAAAAAAAUCAACUUUUUAUUUAUUUGUAAUAAUAGAAAUAAACAUUCAUACAAUAUUUAUACUUUUUUUUUUU